UAUUUUGUAAUAAAAUUUUAUUAGAAUUUAUAAUAAUGAACGGAACGCCUAAGCGUUUACAAUUUUUGCCACCACAAACUCGUGAUAAUUUUGUUUUGCGGAUUAUUAAAAGUUCAUUUCAUGCUAUUUUUAUUUGGAUAUUUAAUGUCUACAAUUUUACAAUGUUAUUUGUUAAAAAACAAUACAGAAAGCAACAAUUUGUUAAAUAUAGCGUUAUUCCCCUUUCACCAUUAACUGCACAAAGACUUUCUUUUGUUCGGCGUAAAAUAAUGGUGCUUGAUUUGGAUGAGACAUUAAUUCAUUCACAUCAUGAUGGACUUCUCCGGUCGACUGUUAAACCUGGAACACCUCCAGAUUUUAUUAUAAGGGUAACUAUUGACAAUCAACCGGUUAGAUUCUUUGUCCAUCUUCGGCCGCAUGUUGAAUUUUUUUUGUCAGUUGUUAGCUGUUGGUUUGACCUUGUUAUAUUCACUGCUUCAAUGGAAAUUUAUGGGGCUUCUGUUGCUGAUAAAUUAGAUCAAGGACGUGGAAUUUUACAAAGGCGAUAUUUUCGGCAACAUUGCACCCAGGAUUACAACGGGUACACAAAGGAUUUGGCUGCUGUUCAUCCAGACCUUUCUUCAAUAUUUAUUUUGGACAAUUCUCCAGCUGCUUAUCGGAACUAUACUCAAAAUGCCAUUCCAAUAAAAUCUUGGUUCAGUGAUCCGUCUGAUACUUGUCUCUUAAAUAUUUUACCUUUUUUGGAUGCUUUAAGAUUAACUUCUGAUGUUCGCUCAAUUUUAGGUCGAAAUUUACAUCACCGGACACAACAAUUACAAUUAAUGCAGCAACAACAAUUUAGUUGUUUUCCUUCUAGAUGA